AUGUCCUGCGACACAAUUCAGCAUUUGAAAGAGGGUAGGUUUGCGAAAGUUCUUUGCUGCCGAGUUUACGAGGUACUUCGGGAAUUUAGGAUGCUAAUUUACUUACCCAUAAUGUCUUUAGUAAAUAUUGGUUUACCCGAUUUGACAACUCUCACAUUACUCUGACUAUCCUCGGAAUUACUCUUUCUGUUCUUAAUUCAGGGUUCGGUUCCAAAAGAGACCAUUGCAAAGUAAUGUCAAAAAGGCUCUACUUAUCCGGAAAACUGAACUGUUUCUUGCUCUUCUAAACAUGGGUGUUUCAGCACACUUUUUUAACGUCUGAAUGGUAGGAGGAGAAUGGGGAUUAACGAAGUUCCGAGGACAAAAUUGAAACUAUUAGAAUACAUCAUGCGAUAGGUGGUCCCAUGCGUUUGCCCUACUUUUUAUCAAGAAACGAUAACUAAGGAUUCGAUACUUCUCGGAUACAUUAGCAAGAACACUGAGUUCACUUAGUCAAACAGAGACUAGCUGGAAGCAGUAUGCGUCUCAUAAUGUUAACGAGGACCACAGAAUUGAACUUUUUCAGGUUGGCAGACGUUAGAUAUCCAGGUCGAUAAGCUGAGAAUUAUGAAGAGCUCACUCGAUCAGGGGACUUGUGUGACUGACGUUUCGGAGGGCUUGACCGGCCCUCCAUUAUCAAAGUGUUUUGCGCAACUCAUCUACCAGGAUUUUAAAUAAACAUUAUCUAAAUCGGCUGUUUUUUCUAAGAUUUUGGUCGAUUUUUUGCACAGAACGCUUUGUUAAUGGACAGCCAGCCAAGCCGAACGAAACGUCAACCAUAAAAUUCGCCUAAUCCGGUGAGCUUUCUAUUCCCUCCUUGCAAUGCCUUGUGAUGAACCUCUCAAAAAAGAUGCAAACGUAACUAGGUCCAACCACUGCCAGCCUUCUCAGCGGUCAGGAGAUUGUAAUGAGGUAAUAUUUCAGGCGUUCCGCUUGCAAUCAGAUUAUUUCUAUUGCACUAUGUUGGCUCUUUUUGCAUGUCUUAAGAGCAGGCGGAUCCGAGAGCGUUACAGAAGUCUAAAAAGGAUUGCCGUCCCGUUACGUUGCUUAAUUAUCAAAUCAAUGACAAACGACGUAGAUACGAUUCUGCUUCCGAUAUAUAUAUAUAUACUAUCCCUCUCUUCUGAAAUACUAUCUUCACAGUUUAUGGUUUCAACCUUACCUUCCGAAAGUGCGAUGCCCGGAUUUAUCCGAACAUUAUCUUUUUAGGCUGACCCUUUUCGUGUUUUAACUGGUCAAUCUUAUUGGAAUGACGCUAAUGUAUUUGUCGCUGGGAGCACAUUUAAGACAGUUUUAGGAAUCCUUUCUUCAGCAAAAAUGGUUGCUGAUGGACCGGCUUGAAUGCGAUCAGCAAAAAAGUUAACAACUAAUUUUGUCUGUAGCAUCCACAGCCGAAUCGCAAAAUACUGCUACCGUUAACUCCUCUGGGUCAAAAUACUCACAAUCUAGCCGUAUUUAGGGACUGACAUCACGAUCGAACACACACUCAGAGACAACGAAGUGUAAAUCAGCCACAGCCAUGUUCGAGUCUUAUUUUUUAUUUUUUAUAGUCCGCAAGAAGAGCGCUCAAAAUAUUUAUAGCGGCCUCGAACGGCAUAGCUGGGUCGCUGCGGAUGCCACACCUAAUGCACCUGUCCAUUAGUCUGUCUCAGAACCUCUGAGCCACCUUUACAGAACAGACACCAGUUUUGGCAGUGUUUACGUUUACGAAGCGGGGUGGAAAUUGCAGCUCUAAACCCUGUUGCUUUCUUGCGAAACGUCAGUUGACUUAAUCAGUCAAGUGGCCAUUGCAAUAACUCAUUUGGAUUUGAUACAUAAGUGUUUACUACGUCCAAAAAGUGGAAUGCGAUCCGGGUAUAUAUGAGGAAAAGCAGCUCACUGUUCGUUAAAGAAUCCUUUUGCUAGACGUAGAAAAUCCCGGCCGCUUAGGAAUCCUCUCCACAUUCGCUAAUCUGUUUUUAGGUGAUCCCGAGCCUGAGGUCAACCCGGAUAAUUUCACACUCUAUGAAAUGCACUGCUGCCCCUACUGUCAGCGCGUUCGAUACACCCUCGACUAUCACCAAAUACCGUAAGAAUGUCUGCCGCCUGUGUUAAAUGAUUUUCCUUUUCGAUCUACUCACACGAACAUUAUUUUACACAGUUCAUCACGGCCAACCCACACAUGCUUCCAAGUAUUUUUAUUUAAAGGGAGAUGGAAUAUCUAUUCAGCCACGCAUCUAAAUAACUCGUUUUUUAAACAUUGAAAUUUUGACUUGUGGCAUUCUAAAGUGACGGGAUUAAUAAAGGUCCAUAAUGAGAAUCAAUAGUCUGAAAUAGGUGGUUUUUACAUGUAAUUAAGAGUCGUAAUUUGGAAACUGCAGUCUAAGUUUUAACUACUUCUUAAGACUCAUAAAAAGGUUUAAUUACUUGCUGCCUGUGAGCUUCAUUAAAACUUUUCGUAUUAAGACCUUUGAAAAUUUAAGUUGGAGGGAUUGAGUUCGUUGCCUCUUGAGCCUUUAAAUAAUCGGUGCCGAUGUGGAUUGAAAUGCUAAGAUUUUGGUAAACAUGAGGAUGCAAACCCUACCGAUUUGGGAUAGAGCACCACGCUGGUUGCGCCCUUAAUAUUGGUCCCUCAUCGUGUAUGUCGUUGUAGGCUAUUUGGGAUCCUUCGUUCGAAUUUGUAUCUGCAAAAUUCUUUGGGCAGACUCUUAAAGCAAACGAACGACCGGGGAACGUUUCCAGAAGCUGCUUAUUGUUAUGACUGAUCUCAAUGUGGAUUGGUGUGUGCAAUAUGUUUGUAGACUAUAUUGGCGGCCACACAGCGGCGCAUAAUGUCAUUCUGUCUAUAUCAUGCGCCACUGUGCAGCUGCUAGUUGGGCUCGAUAGAGAGCCCGUACGGCACAACGGGACGAGUACGUUCCGUAGAAACGAUCGGUGAGCGUCGCCCUCUACCAUCCUAUAUUCCCACUCGCAAUCGACAGGACAACAAGCCCGUGUCUCAUGCGUGAGAGACGUUCGACUUCUAACUAACAGGUGGCGGGAUGGAGCCCCAGGUGUUCCACAAUUUGGGGUUGGGUGUGACUGACUGACGAUUGCUAAUAAGCCAAAAAUUGCCAUCCCAGUCUCCCUUGUCUUUGUCCGUAGUACCAUAGCGCUAGAUUCCGCAAAUCAGUUCACAUACGAAGUCCUAACGUCCUAUGAUAUGGAUGUUUCCGUAGAUGUCUUACUUGAACUCACAGACCUUUGUUUGGAAACCCGGUUUUCAUUCGAUCGAAAAUAUUAUAAACAAAUAAAAAAGGCCCAAAUGAGAGCACCUAUAUCCAGCUUUGUUGCCGAGGUGACAUGGAGAAACUAGAAUCGGCGGCUUUCCCAUUAGUUAACCCUAAGUUGUGGGUGAGAUGUAUGACGAAACAUUUGUUGUUGUCAAAAAGGAUCAACUGGAAAUGCUUCACAACACCAUCAACACAACUAUUUUGAGAAUUAAAUUCACUCUCAAAAAAUAAAUUCACAGUAAACUUUCAUUUCUAGAUGUUCUCGUACAGCGUAAGACUGACGGAACAUUAUAUACACUGGUUUACAGCAAAGAAACAAAUGCGGAAGUAAUUUUACACUAUGAUAGCAACAGCCCAAUCUCUCACAAGCGAAGUACUGUCAACAGUCUGCUACAUCAAGCAAAAAAAUAUUGCUCUGAUGAAAAGAAGUUACACAGUUGAACGUAACUACUUGUUAGAAUUAUUUUCCCAGAACGGUUAUCCUAUAGAUUUCGUACGUCGAUGCAUGAAAUAACAAGAGAUAAAAACAAAGAAACUAGAUAGUUCCAAUCAAGCGCCUAAAGCAAACACUUGACGAAUCCUCCUUACGUCAGGAAUGUGUCGGAAACACCAAAUAAAUGUAAUGCACAAGCCAGCGACUACUUUACGCACUCAGCUUGUACACCCUAAGGACAGGGUUGGCUAUCUUGACAGGAAAGAAGUUGUCUGUAAGAUUCCGUGCGAUGUCUGUGAUGCUGUAUAUUAUGGCCAGACGGGGAAGUCUGCCUCCACACGCAUCCAUGAACACUAACUGGCCGUUAAAAGCCGGCACCACCCGGUUCAAGUAGCCAUGCACAGUAAACACUGGACACACCAUCGCGUGGGACAAAACUCACAUUGUCUAAGUUUGCACCUCUAAAAGGGACGAGUUUCUCGAAGCCAUGCACUCCGAUGAAUCAUGCGUCAAUCGACACAUAGAGUUAGAUUCUACACGCAAGAAUCUCAGAGAAAAUGGAGGAGAAGAGAGCCAAUCAAUACCGAAUGACGCACAUGGCGGCCGCUUACUGGCGCAAACGCUAACUGAAUAUCGAUUGUUAAGCACGUAUGAAAUGUUAGUUGUUGUUUGCACAUUUGCUCAAGUCAGAAGACGACCUGGGGAACCAGCGUCGAAAAUUUACUUAAUAAAAUUUUCCUACUUUUCCCGAAAAACGCAUUUGCUUUCAAAGCAUAUACACGAUGGUACAGGGGGCGCUCACCGAUCGUUCUUACAGAACUCACUCGUCCCGUUUUGCAUUACGGGCACAACGGAAAACUACAUAUAAACUUUGGUCUGAGUCUAUAGGCCUUAAAUGUACUGAUCAACUUCAAGUCUGCACUUACUUUCUAGGGAAAUUAAAAAGCAGCCACUUCUAAAUUGGCGUAUCUACUAGAAAGCAGACAGGCAAUGCUGGGGACUCACUGACGAGCCGCUAUGUCAUGCGGCGGCAGAAUGUUGGCGAAACACGUCGUUAGUUCGGAUCCUAUCACUUUAAAUAUGGGUUUUGUCCAAGAUCGCCAACAUCAUAACGGCAUCCAACCGUCAUUAGAUGGCGUAUCACUGACUAGUCGUUUUAAUACUGCUGCGUAGAAGCUUUCACUUCAUUGUCUUCUUCACGCUAAAUUAAUAACAUUGGCGUCAUUCUUACAAUUGUCAGAGUUACACCAAUCUCGUGAAAGAUAGAGGAGUAUAUUUAAUACGCGCUUUGCCUUCAGAACUCCCUCAGGCUGUUCUUAUUCCUGAAAUCUGUCCGAUGCACCGAAACUUGUCUUCCUAAUCGGUUGUGUUUAAUGGCUGGGAAAAUUAUCUUGCUUAACAGAAGUUAACUGUUUCUCAUUACUGAUGGCACUGUUUCCUCUCAGGUACGACCGCAUACUAAUUCAACUCGACUCAAAGCCAAGCUGGUAUCUACGGCUGUAUCCGGCGGGUAAGGUCCCGCUACUGCUGUAUCGGGGUGAGAAAAUGAUUGAGUCGAAUGUUAUCAUGAAGUAUGUUGAUCAUAUCAAGGGUCCUGAAACUUCUCUACUGAGCGUCUGCGGUGAAGAAGGUUUUAAGGAGGCGUUGAACUUGUCGUCGGCCGUGAGUCUAAUAACAGUAACAUAGUUCAUGAAUGUUAUUUUGCCUGGUGUUAAGUGAGAGAGUUUUUGGAUCGGGUAGACUUCAAAUCCCCCACAGGGUAUUUCUUUUCCAGUUUACAACUGCACCCAAUUAGCAUUUUCAUCGUCACGAUAAUCAUAAUCAUACUUACCACGGACUUCAUCAGCAUCAUUAUAAUAAAAAUCAUUAUUGCAAUGACAAUAUUUAAUGACCAUUUUCGUCCUCGCAUUCAAGCCAUCAUUGAAAUGACUAGCUCGAUUAUAAACAUCUUCUGUAAUAUGGACAUUUUUGCAUGCGGAUUUCAUAUGUGAGGUCGUCAUCUGAGAUCGUGCAUUAUUUAAAAAUAUGAUUUAAUGAAGCGUAGAAGAUUGGAUGUUGCUUGCCACCCCCGAUGGGGUAGUUGAAAUGACAUUCCUUAACAGAUCCAGUAAGUUCCAGUUGCAGAAGUAAAAAAGGCCAUUUAAGAGUGCAUCGUGUUGGGCUAGAAGAAGUAUCCUCCACCUUGCUUCUGUUGGUUGACCGCCACGUCCACUUUGUAGUCCAGACCAACGUCAACUACUUAAAAACCAGACAUUCUAUAAGUCCUUUUAGGAGUACAGUUCAUGCGGCGACGAUCAUAUGCGCCUUCCUCCAUGUUGGGUUAAUUUCACGAAACCUGAGUGAAACACUGAUGACUAAACUCUAAAUGGAACAGGCCAAACAUGUUAACUAGAAUUAAGUGAGUUUAUUUGCACCGCCUACUGUGCGCGUUUAAAGUAACAUCUUUUCAUACUUGAUGUCUCAUUAGGCUGGCCUGCAAAAGCGUCUAUUUUUGGUACCUUUUCAUUUUGUUCUGUUUUUCUUUCAACUCUCGCAAUGCAUAUAAAAAAUCUGCCGGGCUAUCAUUUUGCAUUCGCUGUUUAGCUGGCUGGUCCCCGCUACAAACUCUGCUUCUCAUCUAAGACAACCAAGACUGAUGCUGAGGCCUUCAAAGAAGCUCUGUCAAAUCUCGACAAAGCCAUCAAGGGUCCCUACCUGAUGGGUACGCCAGUUACCACUUCUAGGUCUUAGAUUUAUAUCUAACGCUGCCACGUGCCAUAACACCUGCUUGCCCACAAGCCAAAAUAAUGCCGUCUCAUUUAUCUCAACUGUACAGUUUGCUAUUUUUCUAUGCCAAUCGAAAAGUUUUUUUAUGGCUACCCUAUAUCCUACUGCCCGAAAUGAUGCUUAAGGUGGAUCCAACGCAAAGUAAAAUUCAGUAUUUUUGCAAAAUAAAAACCCUGUCUUGUUCCAGAUGCCCAUGUUUGCUAUAUACCUCGCUUUCUCCCCGUAGAUUGAUUAUGCAACUCAGCAGUUUACUAUUUCUAUGUGCCGACCUGCUGCCUGGAGUGUCGAUUAGUGGAAUUCGCCUUAAAAUAAAGCCCAAUUUUUGGCAAAAUGAGCAAUCCUAUUUUGCUCGCGUUACCUACGUUUACCAUUUGUCUCGCUUUCUUCCUAUAAAUUGGUCAUGUGAUUUUUUGCAAAAAAGGAAAAAUAGCCUUCUGCAGCAUAUAUCAUACAUUUAUUUAUUUUUGUAUAUUUAUUUGUGAUAUUCCUCUUUGGCAACAAUUCCAACCAGCGGACCUAACCCAAUUUUAUCCAUCUGCAGGUGAGAAACUCUGUCUAGGCGACCUGGCUCUCUUUCCCUUCCUGAAUGCCUGGGACUAUGUAAUGGGCCGACUGCUGAAACUGGACGAAGCCUCUGGUGAGAGCAUCGAGACGAUCGCCUCUCAGUGGCCUAACGUGCUAAAGUACCGUGAAGUCAUGAAGAAGGAACCAUAUAUCGCAAAGAACUCCUUCCAAGAUGCUGACUUCCUUAAAUUUGUGGAUGCCCACCUCUAG